AUGUCGAAAGCAGCCUCAAAGGCCUUGCUGAAGGCUGCAAAAGCUGCAAUCGACCAGCAGAAAUGGGAGGAUGCACGAGAGGCAGCCUUCAAAAUCGUCCAAGCUGAUCCGAAACAAUACGUGGGACACGUCUACCUCGGAUUGUCCCAAUUCCGUCUCCACGAGAUCAAAGAUGGCGAGAAAUCAUACCGUGACGCGAUACAGCUAAACCCUUCCGAAGCACCGGCAUGGCAAGGCCUAGCACAGUUGUACGAGGAAACUCAACAAGUCGACGAGUACCUCGAUGCUGCGACGGAAGACGAUCGGUUGAAGUUCGAUACCUUGAUAAAUAAAAUCUUGCAGUUCGUCGAAGCUAGAGGCACACGAGCAGAGCAAAAAAAGGCUUUAAGGUUGCAGCUCCCGGAAAGUCCCAUAUACCAGUUUCUCGAAGCAUCACCUACACACGCUCCACCUCCGCCGGAUAUCACGUAUCAAAAACUUGCCGAAAUCGUUGAAGCCGAAGAAAAGGAACUUAUCAACACCCAGAUAGCUGCCAGGAAAUCCCGUUUGGGCGCGACUGAAAGAAGUGUGACCAUCCAGGUGAAACAGGAGGUCUGGAAGAAGUCACCCUUGCAAGAUUUAUACACAAAGAUCAUCGAUUGGACGAAGGACGACCAAGUCAGACGAGACACAGAAGCCAAGCAGCUUAAGCUCGGAUACAGCUACCUCGAAGUCCUCGGGGCAGCAGAUAAACCCGAGCAACGCGACAAGGUAUUGGAAUGGGCAAAAGGAAUCGUAAUACUCAAAGUACCAUACGAACUCGCUUGGAAACUCGAAAUAGAGUGGCAGGACGUCAACAGUAUUGGCGACUAUGACGUUACCGUGCUUAGGAACUAUGUUGAUCUGUUCCCGAACACUGGCCUCGCAACCCUGCUCCGAGCAUUCCUCGACUCGGAAAUAUCCCCGUUUCCGGUCGUCGAGCCUGAGGAACAGGAGGAAGACGAAGGAGGUGUUUCCCUCAUCCAAGAUAUCGGACCUGAUGAACGUCUCGACUUCAUUAUUGAUGGGUUGGAUAGGGAUAAAACGUCCAUUCUUGGCCAUCGGAUACUUGGCGAAUAUUACCUUCUGCUGAGCGAGUACGAAAAUGCGGUCGACGUAUGCCGAAGAGGCCUUACUGCUGUCGCUAGGCAGGCCCAAGUCAGUGGCCUAAAAUUCCAGAAGAAUUCCGAUGCGAUCGCAGUUCUUCUUGCUACAGCGCUGGUUCAUUAUCAGGCCCCACGCCACCACAACGAGGCGACUGCCUCUUUUAAGGAUGUUCUCACACGGAAUCCUCAGAAUACUGGUGCGCUGAUCGGGCUCGGCCUCAUUCUUGAAGAACAAGGCGAAUUUGAGCAAGCGGCAGGGUUUUUGAGACAGGCACUAAUAAGCAACCCAAACGACCUAAAGGUUGUUUCUGAGGCCGCGUGGUGUGAGGUCCAACAAGGACAUUAUGAAUUGGGGAUUGGGGAACUGCAAGGGUGUUUAGAGCGUAUAACUGGGGUCGAUCCUCAGUCAAGGGACCUCAAGGCCCAAGUCUUGUGGAGAAUCGGGUCUGCCCUAUGGGAUUCGGAACCUGAGAAGCGGGAUAGCCGUGAAGGUGCAUACUACUACUUCAUGCAGGCUUUGAGGAGCAAUCCAAAUUUUGCGCCGGCAUUCACAGGUUUAGGUAUAUUUUAUGCCGAUAUUUCUGGAGAUGUUGAACGGGCCAAUAAGUGCUUUCAAAAGGCGUUUGAGUUAUCAUCAGGAGAGUAUGAAGCAGCGGAACGACUAGCUAGGAACUUUGCGGAUACCAAAGACUGGGAGCUCGUCGAGAUCGUGGCUAGGAGAGCAGCUGAUGCAGACAAGAAACGGACAACAGUUGGAAAGGCUGCAUCAUGGCCCCAGGUUGCCCUUGGUGUCGUAGAAUUGAACAACCUAAACUACCCACUUGCAAUACAAGCCUUCCAAACCGCAUUACGAACAUCUCCAAAAGAUGUGCACUCAUGGAUCGGCCUCGGAGAAGCGUAUUCCGGCUUGGGGAGAUACAUAGCAGCAACUAAAGCUUUCAAGCAAGCACAGACCCUUGACCCUGACAACUGGUUUAUCACAUACAUGAUGUCUAAUGUUGAGUUGGAGCUCGGAGAAUAUGAUACUGCUUGUGACGGCUAUCGCGCGGUAUUGUCGAAACGUCCGGAUGAAUUCGGCGUUAUCAUGGCUCUUACAGAAGCACUUGUCGCUGCCUCUUUCAAUAACUUGAAUAUUGGGCUAUUUGGCAGGGCCGCAAUCACAGCUAGAGAGGCUUUGCAAGUCGCCAAGCAGCUUGUGAAAAUAAAUCCAGCAGCUUUCAACCUAUGGAAGGCAGUUGGCGAUGCUUGCUCCGUCUUUUCUUGGGUCCAGAGUCUCCUUGACGAGUUCCCGGCAGAUGACGUUUCAGAAAUCCUCAGCACGAAUAUUGACAAAGCUGAGUUCAAUAUUUUAUCCGAGACAGACGGCGUUGGAGCCUCAACUCUUGACACCUACAAAGAUUUACCAAUGCUUGAGAAGUGCCUGGUCGCAAGUGUCUUGGCAUAUAAACGGGGUAUAUAUGCCUCUGCUGAGGAUCGACAUGCCCAUGCCGUCGCAUGGUAUAAUCUAGGUACCGCUGAGUACCGCAUUCUGUUGUGCCCGGAAGAUCGUGCCACAAAAUACCGAAAAGCCGCUAUUACCUGUUUCAAGCGGGCCAUCAAACUUGAACCUGGAAAUAGUGAUUUUUGGAAUGCAUUGGGGAUUGUAACGUCCGAUGUUAACGCCAGGGUUGCCCAACAUGCGCUCGUGAGAGCGUUGAAUAUUAAUGAAAAGAACGCUCGUAUUUGGACUAAUCUUGGUACAUUGUAUAUGCUUCAUGGAGACUAUCAACUUGCAAAUGACGCCUUUACACGCGGACAGUCUGCGGACCCAGACUAUUCCCAUGCGUGGGUGGGCCAAGGCCUAGUAGCCCUUGCUACCGGACAAACGAAGGAUGCUCCAGGAUUAUUCGAACAUGCAUUCCAACUUUCGGCAUCGGAAAACCACUCCAGCCUUGUCAAACUCCAAUUCGCGAGCACAACUUUCGAUGUACUCCUUGAGCAACACCGUACUGAUUCCUCGCUGAUGAGUCUACUAAACCCAAUGUUUGCAUCUCACCAGCUGAUUCAACAGAAAGCGAGGGAUCCAAUAUCACUCCGACUUGCUGCGUUAUAUGAGGAGCGUGCUCGGGACUUUGAAGGCGCUGUGGCAAAAUUGUCGCAAGUCUGCGACAUCCUCGAAGCAAAAUACGAAGAGUCCGAGGCAACCGAGGAUUUGAUUAUGUAUGCACAGGCAACUGCGGAUAAGGCAAGGUGUUAUCUUGGUCUCAAGGACUACGAGAAUGCGACCGAGAGCGCAGAGCUCUCUCUUAACCUUUCCCAAGAUCUGGAGGUUCCAAAGUGCAGGUUAUCAGCACACCUUACGGCUGGCUUGGCGUACUAUUUCACAGGCAAGAUCGAUGAGAGCUUGGAGAUGUUUAAGACUGCUUUGACAGAAUCCAACGAGAACCCAGAUGUUGUCGCAUUAUUGGCACAGGUUUUGUGGGCAAAGGGAGGAGAUGAUGAGCGGGAGGUGGCCAUGCAGCAGUUGAUGGGCAGUAUUGAAAAUAAUCCAGAGCAUCUACAAUCAACGAUGCUAUUAGGAGUUAUUGGGGCCCUACAGGGCGACGAGGCGAUCGUCGAGUCCGUCAUGGAAGACCUGGAGAUGGUGAAUGGCGUCGGAAAGAGGCCGGAAGAGGAUGUAAAGAAAGUGAAUAAACUAUUACUAACAUUGGGAGAGAUUUCGGGGCGGAAUACAUCAUCUAUUUGUACAACAGCAAUCUUUCUCAACCCAUCGAAUAGCGCAGCUUGGAAAUCGCUUGCGGAUACGUCUGACGAGAGGUUCCCAGCAAAUAUGGCAUUGGAUCUGGCGCUGUCGAAGUCGAUGCCAGAUCUUCAGGACCUCUGUGAGGCACUUGAAGCGAGUGGGACUAUUGACCAUGAUCAGAUGAGUGUAAUGAUUGCGCCUUGGAGGACAGAAGGGUGGAAAAUGCUUGAGCAGGAUAUCAGGGCGUAG